AUGGCUAUCAUCAGCGAAGACGAUUCGGCGUCGGAUGAGUACUGUCCGAUCAAGCAAGUCGACAUGACGGUGCCGAAAACCGACGAUCCGACGGUUCCGGUAUACACGUUCCGGAUGUGGCUGCUUGGAAUAGUUUCGUGCGUGCUUCUGUCGUUCGCGAACCAAUUCUUCUGGUACAGGAAGGAACCGCUGUCGAUUAGCUCGAUUUCGGCGCAAAUCGCGGUGGUACCGCUGGGGCAUCUGAUGGCGAAGACGAUUACGAGGCGCGUGUUCCUCAAGGGGACGAAAUUGGAGUUCUCGUUGAAUCCGGGGCCGUUUAACAUCAAGGAGCAUGUUAUGAUUACGAUGCUUGCGAAUUCAGGCGCCGGAUCGGUUUACGCUACUCACAUUCUGAGCGCGGUCAAGCUGUACUAUAAGAAGCCUCUAGGCUUUGUUCCCGCCUUCAUUGUUAUGAUGACCACACAGCUUCUAGGCUAUGGAUGGGCUGGAAUCUUCCGGAAGUAUUUGGUUGAGCCGGCGGAGAUGUGGUGGCCGAGCAAUCUCGUUCAGGUCUCACUCUUCAGAGCAUUACACGAAAAGGAGACAAGAAGCAAAGGCAGCGUCACCAGGACGCAGUUCUUCCUCAUAGCCUUAGCCUGCAGCUUCUGCUACUACACCUUCUCCGGCUACUUCUUCACCAUGCUCACUUCCCUCUCAUGGAUUUGCUGGAUCUUCCCCAACUCUGUUUUAGCCCACCAGCUCGGCUCCGGCAUGAGUGGCCUCGGCCUCGGCGCCAUCGCCUUGGACUGGUCCGCCAUUUCGUCGUACCUCGGCAGCCCCCUCGCCAGCCCCUGGUUUGCUUCCGCCAACAUCGCCGCCGGAUUCGUGUUGGUGACCUAUGUCAUCACCCCCAUCGGCUACUGGUUCAACAUCUACAACGCCAAGAACUUCCCCAUUUUCUCCUCCGAUCUUUUCCAGAGCAACGGCCAGAUAUACAACACCACCACCAUUAUCAACUCCAACUUCAACCUCGACAAGCCGGCGUAUGGCAGGGAAGGUCCUCUGUAUCUCAGCACCAUGUUCGCCAUGACUUAUGGCCUCGGAUUCGCCACUCUGUCCGCUACCCUUGUUCAUGUCAUCCUCUACAAUGGCGGGGAGCUGUGGAGGCAAACCAAGAGUGCUUUCAGAGAAAACAAGAAAUUAGACAUCCAUGCAAGGCUUAUGAAGGCUUACAAACAGGUUCCCAUGUGGUGGUUUCUGAUCCUCCUUGUUGCCAACAUCGGCGUCAUCCUCUUUGCCUGCGAUUACUACAAAGACGUCCUGCAACUCCCAUGGUGGGGGGUUUUGCUCGCCUGCGCCAUUGCCGUCGUCUACACUCUUCCCAUCGGCAUCAUCUCCGCCACCACCAACCAGCAACCUGGUCUGAACAUCAUCACAGAGUACAUCAUAGGGUACAUGUACCCGGGCCGCCCCGUGGCCAACAUGUGCUUCAAGGUCUACGGAUACAUCAGCAUGACGCAAGCCCUAACCUUCAUCUCCGACUUCAAGCUCGGCCACUACAUGAAAAUCCCUCCUAGGGCUAUGUUCAAUGUACAGUUGGUAGGAACAGUGAUUUCGGUGGUGGUCUACACGGCGACGGCGUGGUGGCUAAUGGGAAGCAUCCCGAACCUCUGCGACAAGAGCCUCUUGCCGGCGGGGAGCCAGUGGACAUGUCCGAUGGACCACGUGUUCUACGACGCCUCCGUCAUAUGGGGCCUGGUCGGGCCGCAGAGGAUCUUUGGCAACCUCGGCGUCUACCCGGCGGUGAACUGGUUCUUCCUCGCCGGAGCAAUUUUGCCGGCGGUGUUCUGGGCGGCGGGGAAGGCGUUCCCGAGCCAGAAAUGGAUCGGACUGGUGAACAUGCCGGUGCUGCUGGGGGCGACGGCGAUGAUGCCGCCGGCGACGUCGGUGAACUACACGAGCUGGAUAGCGGUGGCGUUCGUGUCGGGAUACGUGGUGUACAGGUACAGGCAGGCAGCGUGGGAGAGGUACAAUUAUAUACUGUCCGGAGGGCUGGACGCCGGGACGGCGUUUGUGACGGUGCUGAUGUACUUCGCCGUGAAGGAGUUCCAUUGGUGGGGGAACUACGUGGAUGGAUGUCCGCUUGCCACGUGUCCGACCGGCAAAGGGGUGUCGGUGGAUGGGUGCCCGGUUUUCUGAAGUUGAAGUCUGGAGUGAUUUGAAGCUGCA